CUAAAUAAAGAGAGCUAUUCUUUAUAUUUGAGUUAUAUAUAUUUUGAUUCUAGAACUCUUCCACCUCCGUCAUACAGCCUAAUCAGAUGGACUCGCCCACACAUGAUUCUUCCUCCUUGGGACGUCACUCUCGUAACUCAUGGGCGAGUAGAUUCUCCGGGUUGUUCCGAUCAUCGUCUUCAGGUAGAAAAAGCGUCAGGAAAUGCAUGUCUAACGAGAAAGAAUGUAAGGUUAUUAUACUUGAAGAAGGCCGCUCGUACGAUGAAAUGGACGACGUGACGUCUAUAAGAAAUUGUCAAGCACUACUUGCUGUUUUCGCUUUGGUGGUUCUCUUCACCUUCUUAUGCUUCAUCUCAUGGGGAGCUAGUAUACCUUACAAGGCUCAAAUCUCUGUAAAGACGUUCGAACUACACAACUUUUAUGUUGGUGACGGAUCAGAUUUCAGUGGAGUACGUACCGCAAUGCUUACUAUAAAUGGAACACUAAGACUUAGUAUUUACAAUCCUGCUCCAGUAUUUGGUGUUCAUGUCAGUUCCACUCCAAUCAAUCUCUUCUUCUAUGAACUCCCUAUUGCCACUGGUCAGUUGGAAGAACAUCAUCAACGUAAGAAGAGCAGAAUAAUGGAAUCAGUGGUUAUAGAAGGGAGAAGAGUUCCAUUAUAUGGCGCCGGAGCAAGCCUAGAGGCAACGGAGAGAGGUGGAAAGAUUCCGGUGAAGCUGAAGUUUGAAGUUCGGUCUAGAAGUAAUGUGGUUGGCAAACUGGUCAGGAUUUGGCACACGAAGCGAAUCUCAUGCACAUUUGUCAUCGAUGUUGCUAUUAAUAAGCCCAUACCGUUCAAUGAGCGUUCUUGCCGCUAUACAUAA